AUGAAUAGUAAUAAAAAUGCCCUGGCAUCGGAUGCCUACAUCGAUGAAUCUGUUACAUUUGAGUCGUUUCAGUUAGAUCCCAGGUUGCUGCAAGCUGUAAAAGGAUCAGGUUUCCAUCAUCCUACACUGAUUCAAUCACAUGGUAUUCCAUUAGCUUUACAGCAAAAGAGAGAUGUUAUUGCAAAAGCAGCUACUGGUUCGGGUAAGACGUUAUCAUACCUAAUACCUGUUAUACAGACCAUUUUAGAUUACAAAGGAAGCGUAGCUUCAGAUGGAGUCAAUGAAAGUAAAACAUUGGGCAUAAUUUUAGUUCCAACAAGGGAACUGGCCCAGCAAGUAACAAAUGUGAUCGAGAAAAUGAUAUUGUACUGUACAAAGGAAAUCAGAUCUUUAAACGUUUCUGGUGACAUGUCAAAUGCAGUUUUGAACUCACUUCUUUUAGAAAAUCCAGAAAUUGUUGUUGCCACCCCAGCUAAAUUGAUGUCUUUGCUAGAAACGCAAACUAACGCAAUUUCUUUAAGUGAUUUAAAGUUCUUAGUGAUUGAUGAAGUCGAUUUGGUGCUAACAUUUGGCUACCAAGAAGAUUUGAAUAAAAUUGCAGAAUAUCUACCAUUAAAAAAAAAUUUACAAACUUUCCUAAUGAGUGCUACUUUGAACGAUGAUAUUCAGGAACUUAAACAGAAAUUUUGCCGUGCUCCAGCGAUCCUAAAGUUUAACGACGAUGAAAUCAAUAAGGAUAAAACUAAAUUAAUCCAAUACUACGUUAAAACCAAUGAAUUUGACAAGUUUUUACUCUGUUAUGUUAUUUUCAAGCUAGGUUUAAUCAAAGGUAAGAGUCUAGUCUUCGUAAAUGACAUUGAUAGAGGUUACAGACUAAAGUUAGUCCUGGAGCAAUUUGGUAUAAAGUCGUGUAUUUUAAACAGUGAACUGCCCGCUAAUUCAAGACAGCACAUCGUUGACCAGUUCAAUAAAAACGUAUACCAUUUGCUUAUUGCUACUGAUGACACAGAAUAUAUCAAAGAAGAAGAUGAGGGAAUUGAGGAGAACAGAUUAGAAGAUAGUGUUGCAGAGGAAACUAAUGGAGGUAGCCAGAAAAAGAAACAAGUUCAGUCAAAGAAGGACAAAGAAUAUGGUGUUUCUCGUGGUGUAGAUUUCAAAAAUGUUGCAUGUGUUUUAAACUUCGAUUUACCAACAACUUCAAAAUCUUACGUACAUAGAAUCGGGAGAACUGCACGUGCAGGUAAAUCAGGCACUGCUAUAUCUUUUGUUGUUCCAUUGAAGGACUUUGGGAAGCAUAAACCCUCUACAUGCUCCACUGCCAAGCACGAUGAAAAGAUAUUUUCACGUAUUGUGAAGCAACAAGCUAAGUUAGGUUUGGAAUUAUUGCCUUACUCAUUUGAUCCAAAACAAAUUGAAGGUUUCCGUUACAGAAUGGAAGAUGGUUUCCGUGCUGUUACGCAGGUGGCUGUCAGAGAAGCAAGAAUCAAGGAACUGAAGGAAGAACUUCUAGCAAGUGAAAAAUUGAAAAGACAUUUCGAAGAAAAUCCAAAAGAGUUACAAAGUUUAAGACACGACAAAGAGCUCCAUCCUAUGAGAAUUCAGCAACAUUUAAAACGUGUUCCUGAAUAUCUAUUACCUGAAGCUGCUAGAAAAAGCUCUGGCAAGAAGGUAGGUUUUGUACCAUUUCAUAACCCAAAGAAAGGUCGUCCUCACAAAAAAGGGAAGGUAUCAAAGCGUAGGAAUGCUAAAUCUGAUCCUUUAAAGAACUUCAAGUAA